AUGCUGUUCAGGAAACCCAAGUUGCCGCAGGCCAAUCCUGACGCUUACUACCAGGAUGACAAUGUGGCAUCCGACACACACUCCCAGGCGGCCAUCGCAGGUGAGGAUGGUCAGUUAGUCGAUACUCAUAUUCCCCUCUUGACUUGGCGAUCGUUCGUCAUGGGUGUGUUUGUCUCCAUGGGUGGUUUUCUAUUCGGCUACGACACCGGUCAGAUCUCAGGUUUCCUGGAGAUGAAGAAUUUCCUGCAGCGGUAUGGUCAAAAGAAGUCGGACGGGACGUUCUACUUCUCCAACGUCCGAUCCGGAUUGAUCGUCGCACUGCUAUCGAUUGGAACAUUGAUGGGAGCUUUGGUCGCAGCACCUAUUGCAGAUCGCAUAGGUCGGAAAUGGUCGAUCACCAGCUGGUCGUUGAUGAUCUGUGUUGGCAUCACUGUUCAAAUCUCCUCUCCCACCGGCAAGUGGUACCAGGUAGCGCUCGGUCGUUGGGUUGCCGGAUUGGGUGUCGGUGCUCUCUCCCUCCUGGUUCCGAUGUAUAUGGCAGAGUCCGGCCCUCGGCACAUUCGUGGUUCGUUAGUCAGUACUUACCAAUUGUUCAUCACACUCGGCAUCUUCGUGGCGAACUGCAUCAACUUUGGCACUGAAGCACGACCCGAUACUGGCUCCUGGCGUAUCCCAAUGGGCAUCACCUACGUCUGGGCCCUCAUUCUUGGCUCUGGCAUGGCCCUGUUCCCGGAGAGCCCUCGAUAUGACUACCGACACGGUAAAAUCGACAAGGCCAUCACCACGCUCUCAAAGAUGUACGGCAUCCCAAAGAACCACCGCGCGCUGAAGGUCGAAUUCGAGGAGAUCAAGCAGAAAUAUGAGGAGGAAGUCGCUAGUGGUCAGGUCACUUGGGUUCACCUCUUCAAGGCCCCACGUAUGGCGUACCGCGUGGCGGUGGGUGUCUCCCUGCAAGCGCUUCAACAGCUCACUGGCGCCAACUACUUCUUCUAUUAUGGAACGACCGUGUUUAAAGGUGCCGGGAUCUCCAACAGCUACGUGACUCAGAUGAUUCUCGGUGGCGUGAAUUUCGGAACCACCUUCCUAGGCCUGUAUCUCAUCGAGAACUAUGGUCGUCGUCGGUCCCUCAUUGCCGGUGCCCUGUGGAUGUUCGUAUGUUUCAUGGUCUUCGCCUCCGUCGGCCACUUCUCGCUUGACCGGGAAUUCCCCGAACGGACUCACACCGCUGGGGUGGUCAUGGUGGUCUUCGCCUGUCUUUUCAUUCUUGGGUUCGCGUCCACGUGGGGUCCAAUGGUCUGGACUAUCAUCGCAGAGUUGUAUCCAUCCCAGUACCGAGCUCGAGCCAUGUCCCUGGCGACCGCGUCCAACUGGAUGUGGAACUUUCUGCUAGCCUUCUUUACCCCGUUCAUCACCGGUGCAAUCGAUUUCCGGUACGGCUACGUCUUUGCAGGGUGUUUGUUCCUCGCGGCCGCGAUGGUGUACUUCACCGUUAUGGAGGGACAGGGAAGAACGCUGGAGGAGAUCGACACGAUGUACGUGUGGAAGAUCAAGCCGUGGCACAGCUCCAAAUAUGUCUUUCCUGACCAGACGGAUCGCCGCGACGAAUCCGAGAAGCGCACGGCGGGCACGAAUGAGCACAUGGAGACGUCCGGUGCUCAGCCGGAGACAGAGAUUGUGUAG